AGAGGAGCAGCAGAGGGAGAGCCGACCGGACAGCUGCAACACACACGGGGAGAAAAUAAACAUUUUUUUGUUUUGUUUUGUGUUUCAGCUAUGGCUAUGUUUAUCGCCUGUGGAUGAACAUUCCUCCCAGCAUUUUGUCAGGUCUCUGGUCAUCAACCAGCCCUGUCUGCUGGAGCUGUGAGGAGCUGCAAGUGAGAAGGGAUUAAAUCAGGAAUCUGUCACCUCUCCUCAGUGGGUGUGAAUUCUCGGUCCGAAUCAUGGGGAACCAGCUGACUGAUAUUGCCCCCAACACGUCGUUCCUGCCAAGCUUCCAGUGUCUGCACGUGGUGGUGAUUGGUCUGGAUUCGGCUGGGAAGACCUCCCUGCUUUACAGGCUCAAACUGAAGGAGUUUGUGAAAACCAUCCCCACCAAGGGCUUCAACACGGAGAAGAUCAAGGUGGCAGUGGGGGCGUCCCGGGCCACAAACUUCCAGGUGUGGGACGUGGGUGGCCAGGAGAAACUCCGGCCCCUCUGGAAGUCCUACACCCGUCGAACGGACGGGAUAGUGUUUGUUGUGGACUCCACCGAGCUGGAGCGUCUGGAGGAGGCCAAGGUGGAACUCCAUAAGAUCACCCGUACCUCCGAGAACCAGGGGGUGCCGGUGCUGAUCCUGGCCAACAAACAGGACCUGGACUCGGCCUUGUCCGUCGGCGAGGUGGAGAAGCUGCUGGCCGUGCACGAACUCGGCAUCUACACGCUGUACCAAGUGCAGGGCUGCAGCGCCGUGGACGGCCAGGGGCUGCAGACGGGCCUGGAGAAACUCUACGAGAUGAUCCUGAAGAGGAAGAAGACGGUGAAGCACAGUCGAAACAGGAAGAGAUGAACUCUCUGCUCAGGGAUUGCCGACAUAACUCCCCCCAAGGAGAUGCUCUCAGCGUUGGGACACUUCCAGGCUUAAUGAGCCCCUUAUUUUUUUCCGAGGGAGAGCGAUUUGUGCCAACAGAAUAAGACCAUUUAAAAACUGCCUUUCAGGGGUCAACAGAAAUGGACUUGCUCAUAACACCGAGGCAGUAUUGACUUUCUUGGUGGUGCAGUCGCUGAAAGCCGAGCUUAACGAUUUGACAUUGGCAGCAGUUAGUCAUCACUAAGUGCUUGUUUAGGCCGGAUUUAAAGACGAUUUCCAACAAGAACCAACACAUUUAUAUGGCAGGAUUCUGGUGAAAAAAUCCAUCACUGGCUUUUACGGGAAGGCUGUUUUUAUCCUCUCUGAAAUAUUUAUCCAGUGCUUCAGUGUGCGUGCUGGACAGAAGGCAGAUGUUCCCUAAUAAUGCGACGUGAAGCGGUGUUUUGUGGUUUCAGAGUAUUAAUAAUUCACCUAAAGAAAGCACAUUCCUGUCAUCAGCACAUGCAGAUGUUAAGUUUCAGUUGCUUUGAUUCAAGUGUUUAUAAAAAAUUGUACAUUUUUGUAAAUUUGGAGACUGAAUAAAUCUUAAGAGCCGUAUGAAAAA